CAUGUCGGACACAGAGGAAGUUGAGAAGAACGAAGAGCGAAAAGAACGGAAGCCAGGGAUCGUUUAUCURAGUCGAUUYCCUCCMUUUAUGAAGCCAGCGAAAGUACGCCAUAUAUUCUCUCAAUAUGGAGAAAUAGGGAGACUUUUUCUCCAACCAGAAGAUCCGACAGUUAGAAAGAAGAGGAAAAAGUCCGGUGGAAGUGGCAGGAAAACGUUUACAGAAGGAUGGGUAGAGUUUAAAGACAAAAAAGUUGCAAAGCGAGUMGCCAGUUCGUUAAACAACACAACUAUAGGUGGCAAAAAGAAAAGUUAUUAUCAUGAUGAUAUCUGGAAUAUCAAGUAUUUACCAAGAUUUCUAUGGGGACAGCUGAGUGAGCAAAUAGCCUUUGAAAAAGCAUCCAGGGAACAAAGAAUGAGAACAGAGAUUUCACAAGCCAAAAAGGAUGCUAAUUAUUACAUUGAAAGRGUAGAAAAAGGGAAAGGAUUUGAAGCAAUGGAGGAAAGAAAGAGAAAAAGAAAUGAAAAGGAAAUUCAAGAAAAACAUAUCAGAUCAUUCAAACAACAUAAAUCAUUAGAAGAAACAAAGAAAACUGAGCCAGAAUCAAAGAAAACGAAAAGCAAUGAAACAAGUAAACUUAACACAAGUCUACUUAGUAAGAUAUUUACUUCCAAAAGAUAACACAGUGCAGUAUAUUAUAUACUUUGACACAGUUUAAUGUUGUAAAUAAUUAUAAUAUCAUUUCAUUAUACCGAACGCYAUAAUUAUUAAAAAAUACUACACACAAUGUGAUGAUAAUCAAUUCUUUGUUUUAAAUAUAGUAUAUGUAAUUUGUAAAAAAAAUAAAUAAAAUC